AUGGCUGAGGGAGCCCCCACCGACGCUGCGGCGCCGGCUGCUGCGGCGACCCCGACGUCGGCCGCCCAGCUGCCAGGCGACCUCCUCGCAGACGUCGAACGCGAACAUGCGCUCGCCGAUCUCCAGGCUUCCCUGAAGGCCAGCGAGGAACGCAUCGAAAAGCUCUCUGCAGACAACAAGACGCUCGAGACGGAGCGCGAUGGCGCCGUGUCCACUUCCAACCAGCUCCGAUCACAGCUCGCAUCGCUCCAGAGCGCACACCUGCAGAGCUCCUCCGAGAUGAGCGUCAUCCAGAGUCGCAUCGAUCGUGAGCUCUUGGAGGAAAUCCAACGGCUGCAAGAGCGUUCCCAGCGGUCCAAUCGUGAGUUACCGACGCAGAAGUCUGAGGCGUCUCAGAAGAUUGCCCAGCUCGAUGUCGAGGUCUCAGAGCUCAAGAUGAGCGCCGACAGUGCCAAGUCUCUGACGAAUGCGCGCAACGAGAUUCUCAACCUUAACAAGGCGUCUACGGAAAUUGAGUCGAGGUUCAACAUGUACAGGGCGCAGACAAACGAGAACCAGACGCUGCAAGAUAACGUGUCUACGCACCAGUCGCGCCUGGAAUCGCUGCAAAGGUCGUUCGCCGAGCACACAAGGCGUCUGGGUGAGGCGCAGACGACCAUCGCCAAUCUGAAGACGAGCGCCGCUUCCCAACAUACGUCAUUCCGUCUCGAACUCGAGCGCCUGGAGGAGGAGAACCGCAUCCUGGUCAAGCGAAGCGAGGACCGCGAUGCCGCCAUCGCAGACCGGGAAGCCGAGCUCGAGCAUCAGGCUGCCACCUUCAGCCAGAAGGAAGCUGCUUGGCAGGAGAAGCUUCAGCGUGCCGAGGAAGCUCGCCAGGCUGCUGAGAAGCGUGCGGACGACUUCAAGAUUACUGUCGAGCGCCUCGCCCUCGCUGGUGGCGAUGGACGACACGACAUCAGUCCCGCGGCCUCGCUUGCUGCCAGGCAACGGGAGAGCGGCAAGUCCUACACGCAAUUCUUUACCGACUACACGAUCAUGGAGACGAAGCUGCGCGAAGUGGAGGCCGAGAACGUCCGGCUGACCGAUCUUCUGACGGAGAUCAGCCAGGACCUUGCGGAGAAGGCUGCCGAGCACGACGCCGCGAUCGAGCGCGCCAAUGCUCUCGCGGCCGAGCUCGCCAGUGCCCAUGCCUCCCGGGAUGCUUACGAGAGUCGAGCGAAGGCGCUCGAGGCGAACAAGAAGCACGACGAGGAGGAGCUCCUUGCCCUCCGUUCGCAGACCGAGGACCUCAGCCGACAAGUGCAGGGUCUCUUGCGCGAGAUUGCCAUUAGAGACGACCCCAACCUUGCGCACGUUGGCCUGGACGACAACGCCAAGAUCAGCGAGGGCGACCUUAUCACCGACAAGCUGACCGAGUUCAAGUCGCUUCGGGCGCUGCAGCAGCAGAACCAGAAGCUGCUCAAGCUCACACGUGGUCUCGUCGCGAAGCUCGAGGCGCGCGACGUUCGCCGUGCUACCGCCGACGCCAGCGACAUCGACACUGCCGCUUCCCUCGACGAGGCGGCCGAGACGAUCGAGAAGCUGCACAGCAAGCUUCUCGACUCGGAGAAGAAGAUUAACGAGCUCGCUCGUGAGCGCGACUUCUUCUCGAAGCUGCUCUCUCGCGGUGAGGGACUGCGGUGGUCGAACGGCGCAACGGCGACGAAGAACCCGUUAGCCGGUGACACCGACAACGAGGUCGCUCUCAGCAACCUGCAGGCCGAGCUUGACAUUGUGCGCAGCAAGGCUGAUCAGGAGAUUGCCGAGGCGAAGGAGCAGGCGCGCCAGAAGGCCGAGGCCGCUGGUGUCGCCGAGGUGGAGAAGGUCAAGGCGGAGGCCAAGGCGCAGAUGCUCGAGGAGCAGCAGCGGAUUCUUAGCGAGACUCACCAGCUGCAGCAGCAGGCCAACACGACGCUGGAGGCUCAGGUGCGACAGCUCCAGGGCCAGAUCUCGCAGACGCAGCUGGAGCGCCGCAACGCCCUCGAGCAGGUGGCGCAGCAUCAGGCGCAGGAGACUCGUCUCCGAGACGAGGCUGCGCUUCUUCGCGCGGAGAAGGAGCAGUGGGAGAGCAUCCAGUCGCGCCUGCAGAGCGACUUCUCAACCGUCCAGCAGGAGCGCGUGCGCCUGCAGCACCUCAUCGACAACCUCAGCAACGUCAGCACCGAGAACGAGAAGACGAAGAACGAGCAGCGCACCAUGCUCGAGAAGCGUAUCGAGGAGCUGCAGCGCGAAGCCGGCACCCUUCGAUCCCAGGUCGACCAGGCCCGCGAGGCCACUCGCGCUGCCGAGCAGAAGGCGUCCGAGGCCGACGCUCGCAUCGCGUCCGAGACCGCUUCCAUCCGGUCGGAGAAGGAGGCUGCCGAGGCGCAAGUCACUGCCAAGGCGACCGAGAUCGAGACGCUGCAGUCGCAGCUCGCUGACGCGAAGCGCAUCGGGCUUAACUGGCAGCGACGCUCGCGUGACCUCCAGACCCAGCUUACGGAGGCGUCAAGUAACAGCUCGACAGCUGUUCAGGAGAAGGAGAAGGAGGUCGAGGCCCUCAAGGCUGAACUGGAGACUGCCAAGAGCAAGAUCACCGAGCUCGAGGGCAAGAUCUCUGCUGCUGAGCAGGCAAGCUCGCUCAAGGACGGAACGAUCACGCGACUCCAGGGCGAGCUCGAGGCUGCGAAGGCGAGCCAGGGAGCCGAGGCGUCCACCGCCGCUGUGGACACGGACGCUCUUAAGGAGCGCGAUGAACUGCAACAGAAGCUGUCGCAGGCGGAGAAGGACCUCGAGGCGGCGAAGUCUGCGCAGCCUGCGGAGGGCUCUGGCGACAACUCGGAGAUUGCCACCAAGCUCGCUGAGGCUGAGAAGAAGCUUGCCGAGUCUGAUGCGAAGUACGAGCGCGACGUGCUGCGCGUGAACCGUGCCAACGUUGGUCUGAAGAAGGGCAAGGGCGAGGCUGACGCUCGCGUGAACGAGCUGCAGGCCGAGCUGGAGGACGCAAAGAAGAAGCUGGAGGAAGCGCAGGCCGCGGCAUCAUCUGGAGGCGACGGUUCCGCUCCGGACCAGGCGACGAUCGACGCAGCCGUCAAGGCGGCGGUCGAGAAGCGCGAGUCGGAGCUGAAGGCGGAGCACGAUGCAGCUAUCGAGAAGGUCAAGAACGAGGCUGGACCAGAUGCGGACGCUGUGCAGAAGGCCGUGGCCGCCAAGGAGGCCGAGCUGAAGGAGAAGUUCUCGAAGGAGCUCGAGGAGGCGAAGAAGACGGCUGCGGCCGAGGCUGGCGGAUCAGGUGGCGACGCCGAGGCGGCCGCCGCCAAGGUCACCGAGCUGGAGGCGAAGGUAAAGGACCUGAGCCGACAGCUGCGUAACGCCGACAUCUCGCGCAAGACGCUCGAGCGUACCAAGGCUACGCUCGAGGCGAAGGUCAAGGCGCUCGGAGGCGAGGGUGCCGCGACCCCGACGGGAUCGCCGACUACCCCGACAGCGACGCCCGCUCUCUCCGCGACCGCGACGGCCUUCAAGCCAGGUGCCAAGCCGGCCGCGAAGCCUGCCGCUGCCGCGACGCCGGCGACCCCCGCUACCCCAGCCGCUGCUGCAGCUACACCCGCUGCUCCGGCUGCCGCUCCAGCCGCUGCUGCGACACCAGCGAAGGCCGAGGAGACCACACCCGCGACGACAACAGCCCCAGCAGGGGGAACAAGCGUGCGCGGCCGUGCGCGCGGUACCGCCAUCCGUGGCCGCGGCGCCGCUCCAGGCCGCACGACCUCAGUUCUGAAUGGUAAGUCUUUGAAUGUUCCCCAGUUACAAUGCCCCGUUCAUUAA